ACUUGGUUACUUGUUUACUUGGUUACUUUGUGACUUGUUUACUUGUUUAUUUUGUGACUAGUUUACUUGGUUACUUGUUUACUUGGUUACUUUUUGACUAGUUUACUUGGUUACUUUGUAACUUGCCUGUCUGUGUGGUUACUCUAUGACUUUGCUACUCAGUAGCUCUGUGACUUGCUUGUCUGCUCAGUAUCGUUGUGACUUCCCUGCUGAGAUACUUUGCGAGUUGCUUCCAAGAACCAAAACAAACUUCGGAAAGCUUUGGGCAUUCAUACCAUUUCAGAACAAAAUCUUCUAUCUGAUCUUGUAUGACUCAUCCCUUAUUGUAAUAGUUUUAACUUGAAUGGGCAGCUGCACAUCACACACUGAUGGAGAAGAGCUCCACUGCACUGAAGAGGAAACCGACAGCAGCUGAUAAACAUGUUAAUGACAGAGUUUGGAAGUUAAUCAUUUUCUGUCCACAGUGAAUUAUGCAGUAUGUCAUGUAACUGAUUCUCAGCUGUAGAUAGUGGCUACAUGUACAGUGUAUAAGUUUACACAAAUGUAACAUUCCAUGUUUAUAGAAGAUAAGAAGUGUGUGUGUGUGUUUGUGUGUUGCCUGCUGGAUCUUACGCUGCAUGUUUAACAUUCCAGCUGCGCAAAGGCGUUUCCUGUCGAAGACCGAGUUCCUCCAGCGCACCCUGGCCAGCUCUCUCUCUGCUCCUCCAGGCUUUUUAGUCUCUUUCUGUCGUUCCUCUCGUUCGCUUGUUUGUUCGGGGCUUCAGUUUCACAGAGGCGCUCGUAUCGAGUGUUUCGGAUUGGGUGGUAAUCUGUACAUAGCCUGACUCCGCCCCCUUCUCUGUGAUAUGACAUCAUCCAGCGGUUGCCACAGAAACCAGGGCUCCACUGCAGACAGUUGACAGCCAGGCAGGUGCAGUGAUGGCGACCCAGGUGGAGCUCGAGCCUGGAAUGGUGAGCGGCCGUCUGCAUUUGAGUCCUCUGACUGACUCGAGUAAUAAAACUCUCAUGGAGGAUUCGACGAUCAUCAGUUCAGACCCCAAGAAACCAAUCCCAGGCCCCAAACCAAGACUCACUCCAAAACCUUUUGCUGUGCAGAGAAAUACCACGAUUCGACCCAUUCUUGCUCCCAAACCUCAGCCCAAACCCAAACCGGAGUCGUUACCCAAACCGGAGUCACUGUCCAAACCAGAGCCACCAAGCAAACCCAAGCCAACACCUCCAGCCCUUAAAUCAGGAACUAAACCUACUUCUGGGCCAAGCAGCAAACCAGAGGCUCCAACGUUUAAACCAGAACCUUCUUCUAUUUCAAAUGAUCCUGGUAAACUCAAGCCAACGGAGACAGGAAGCCUGGUACAAAGAGCAAGUUUGGGACCUUCUCAGUCCAAACCUACAGAAUGGUCUUCUCGACCCAAAACUGGUGGUUCUAUCACUCGGGCAAAAUCCAUGGGCUUCCUCGGUAAUGUUGGUUUAGAAGAGGAUGUGGGUAAAGAGGGUGGUGAGGUCAUUCGUCGUCCUCAGGAAACAAGGAGCUCCAGGCCAAGACCAGUGUCAGCCAUUUUCCUGCAAGACGCCACUGCAUCUUCCACUUCUGCACCACAGCGGAUGGACAGACGACCCCUUUCGACUGAUCUCACCGCCAAAUUCGAGCCCUUUGCACAAAGGCAACCUACAGCAGGGGAGAGCAAGGAGAACACCCCGGAGUCACCUGCUCCAGAAGAAGGAGUUAGGAGGAGAGAGAAAGACCACAUGGAUUUAGAAAGAGGCUUUUGGAAGAAGGAUGUGGAAGGGCAGGAUGCAAAGCCUUUGGAAAGAGCAGGAAAUGGUAUAAAGCGGAGGAUUAGUCUUCUUAUGGACUCGUCCUCUUCCACAUUUUCAGUUCCUGCCACGCGAGGUGCCGAGCCUCGUUCUCCAGUGACACCAAUCGCAGAUACCGAUGCAGCUGUCGGAGUGAAACAGCGAAUCAAAGAGCUGACCGAGGAUUUCUCCACCGCACCGGCUCCACCCCAGAAGCCACCGUUUAAGCCCCGCCCACUUCCAACAGAUAGAACAAAACGCUUUGCGUCAGAUGCGGAGAGCACGAGCUCCACGGAGCUUAAAGGCGUCCAGGAGGAAGUUGAGGAACUUGGCAAAAAGUCCAAGGACCUCCCUUCAGCUGGGCAGACAAAGCCACAGGAAGACCAGGACUUGCCGGCUAAUGCGACCAGCGGUGUUCAGACUGUCAGAGCAUUGCUUUUUGAGAACGUGGUGGAGAAACACAGCGUCCAAAUGAUGGAGGAUGCUAACUCGAGCUUGGUGAAGCCCACACCCAGACGCAGCCUCUCUCUUCGGACUAAAGGAAGCAGUUUAUUCAGUUGUCUGGAUGAUGAAGAUGACAGAUCUCUGGUCAAAGCUACGUACCAGAAUUUGGUGUCUCCUUCCAGUCCAAAGCGGAUCGAUCACAUUUUUGACACUGUGACUGCGAUUGAGGAGAGUCGUGCAGUUAGUGAAAACAUUCCAGCUGCCCAUCUGGAAGAAAAGGCUCUUACUCUGCGAAGGUCCAAUGGAGGGGAAAGAGUGCAACAAUCCUCUUUAAAUGAUGGAAUUCCAGGAAAUGAAGAGAACAGCUUUACAAUGGGGUCCAGUAACUUGUUUAAAGACAAAGACAGACAAUCGACUGGUUCUGCUGUGGAGCAGAGGCAUACCCGUUACCUCAGAGUGGGAGCGCUGCCAAAAUGGGAUGAAACGUUUGUUGAUAGAGAAAGGGAAAUGGAAAUGGAAAAGCAAAGGGAGAUGGUCAGGAAGAUGGAGGAAGAGAUCCAAAGGCAGAUCGAGGUCCACAUUGCUGCAAAAGCAGACAUCGAAGAAGACGAGCUAGAAAAUGAGGCAGAGAUGGAAAGAGAAAAUGCUGCAGCACUCAGACAGCCGAAGGUACCAGAAACCGAGGAUCAGCAAAUGACAAGGCCGAGAGCGACUUAUUUCGCUCUUACAGGUCAAAUGAACGAGAUUGUACACCAGAGAGCAGGAAUAGAUGAAGAAGCCAUGUUUAGGAGUGAGACAAGAGGAAUAGCUGAAGAUAGAGUUAAGCCAGAGAUGGCAUUUGAGGACUUCUCUGUGAAAGCAGGGCGAAGGAGUUUUCACAAUCGAGUACCAUCGAUAAGAAGGAACCCCUCCUUGGAAACUGCCUUUAGUAAAAGUUCACCAGAAGGACUGCUAAUCGCCGAGGGUAGAGAGGGGAUGCAGUGGCACAGAGGACAAGAAAAAGAGAAGGAAUAUCAGAGAGCAAAGGAGCAAGAGUUGGAGAGACAGAAACUAGCAGAGUAUCAAAAGAUGAAGGAGCUGGAAUGGCAGAGAGAGUUGGAGAAAGAAAAAGAGAGGCAAAGAGAAUUGGAGAAAGAGAAAGAGAGGCAAAGAGAGUUGGAGAAGGAGAAAGAGAGGCAGAGAGAGUUGGAGAAAGAGAAAGAGAGGCAGAGAGAAUUGGAGAAAGAGAAAGAGAGGCAGAGAGAGUUGGAGAAAGAGAGGCAGAGAGAAUUGGAGAAAGAAAAAGAAAGGCAGAGAGAGUUGGAGAAGGAGAAAGAGAGGCAGAGAGAGUUGGAAAGACAGAGGGAGCGGGAGAGGGAGAGACAGAAAGAGAUGGAGCGACAGAGAGAAUUGGAGAGGCUAAAGGAAAUUGAAAGACAGAAACAAUUAGAAAAGGAACGUCAAAACCAGAUUGAAUAUGAGAGGAGAAGGGCAGCCGAGAGAGAGCUUGAGCAGCAGAGGGAGAUUGAGAGACGACAGAAAGAAAUGGAGAGAGAGAAGGAGAGAUUGCUAGAGGAGGAAAGGACGAAGCUGAGGGAGUAUGAGAUCCAGCAGGAGAUGGAGCGAGAAAGGAAAAGACAGUUGGAGUUGGAGAGGCUGCGAGAAAUCGAAAGACAAAAACAAAGGGAGCUUGAAAGACAGAGAGAGCUUGAGAGGCAGAAAGAACAGGAAAGACAGAAAGAGAUGGAGAGACAGAAACAGCUAGAGGAAAUGGAGAGAUGGAUGCAGUCAGACAGACAGAAAGCACAGGAAAGGGAGAAACAGAGAGAGCUGGAUGAUCUCAAGAAGAGCCAGGAACUUGAAAGACAUCAGCUUCUUGAAUUCCAACUUCAGAAAGAGAAGGAACGGGAGAAACAAGCCUCCAGGAAGAAGCAGGAAAGAGUGGAAGAAGGGCAGAGAGAGGCUGAACAGGGAAAGAGAACUGCAGAAUCUCCUCUGCGACCCAAAGUGCUGGAUCUGGAUAAUGUUUCUCUAGGGGAUCGGUUUGGUACGAGUUUGAGCAGCGAUCAAAGCCCAACACCCAGAUGGAGGCAGCCUUCAAAUCGUGAUGAAGAAGCUUACAAACCAUCAAUUUUGGAUGUGGACUCCUUCAAGAACCAAACCCAACCUGGAGUUUCUGUGGAUCCCUUCGGAAUGGCCGCAUUCCCAAGUUUGGAUUUGGUUAGAGCCAAACCGAUGACUCCAACCAGUGGAGCCAAAUCAAUGUCUCCAAUUCAUCCUCAAUCCCUGUUGCAGAACCUCCAGAGAGAUACACCUCCACAGUCUCAAAUGCAGGCUCCUUUUCAAUCUGUCCUCUCAGAACAACCAAGACUGCCACCACCACUUCAGCCCCAGGUUCUGCACCAACCAGAGCUUCAAGCCUUUGCCACAGAAAGACCUAAACCCCAAAUACACUCACAGUCUGUCACCCCAGACUGGACCCAUGGAGAGCACCAAUUUGACAUGUGGAGUAGAUCACAGGGGGAGGUAGCUGUGGAUGAACCUUCGUGGCUGUCUUCCACAGAAAGUUCCAAAAGACCUGUUGGUGCCACACAGUCCAGUCUGGAGCAGAUAUUCCAACGACAGGAAGAACGAAUUACAGGACCCAUUUUGAGCCCGACUUUAGCUCCUCCACUGACACCAACUCCAGUUCAAUCUCCUGGAAUCACACUGCCAUUGGUUAAUGUUCAGAUGCCUACACCCAGCCCUGGAGCUUCCCCAAGUCACAUGUUGAGCCCGGAGAGAAUUUUGUCUGCAGAUAGUCUUUUUGCUGGUAGUAGGAGGGAAAACCAGACUGCCUUGUCUCCAUUGGUGCCUGAACCAAUCUGGAGCCCAAGCUGGGAGCCGGCAUCCCAGGAACCGAGCCAGAUGCAGCAGAGGAACACAGAAUCUCAGGAGCUGUCACGAAUGCGAUCGAGAAGCGUUAACCAGAGACCUGCACCCGCAGAGACUUCUGUAGACGGCCCGCUAGCUCGAAUCAGGAGCCGCAGUGCACAUAGAGACAAAGGACGAGAAAGCAGGGAGCAGCUGAAGCAGAGCGCGAGUGGACAGAACGAGUGUAAGGACACGGACACCCUGGUGCAGGAGACGGACAGUCAGUACGGGACAUGGGACACGGGACUGCACACGGAUGACAGUCUGACCCCGGCGACCCCAUCAUCAGACAGCAACCUCAUUCCGUCUCCACGGAAACCCUCUUUGCCUCACACCCCGGAUCAGCUGAGCCCGGAGGAGCAGGCGGAGCCUCUCAACUUCCCACAGUCUCCCACUACCCUGCUGGACUCCAGCGCUCAGCGUUCCAAAGCUCAGCUGAGUAAGAGCUGUCGUCGCCGCAGAGCUCCGCCCUCUCGAGCCGCUCGUCACAGCGCCAUCCUGACAGAUGGCUCGGAGCUUGGGACUGACGAAUGGAUAUUUAAAGACUCAACAGAGGAUAAACCCGACUCCGCUAAGCAGCAGGAUGACGAGUCGGACGAGGAGGAGCCGACUCGAGCAGGAGACACUCGCACCUCCACCUCCUCCACCUCCUCACAGCCUCAGAGAGUGUCGCUCUUCCCCGGCAUGGACCCCUCUGCGCUCAUGGCCCAGCUGAAGAAGAGAGGAGAGACAGACAGUCAGACAGACGGCCCGUCUCCAUCACAGCUCUCUCGCUCGCCUAAAUCUCCCUUCCUGGGCCGAGCGUCGCGAGUGCUGCCCCCUGUAGGCGGUAAAGAGAACGGAGAAGAGUCGUCACCUCAGUGGCUGAAAGAACUUAAAACAAAGAAACGGUUGAGUCAGAUCGAGAACGACAGCUAGAACGCAACAAGCAAGAUGCCUUAUAACUGGAGAAUCUGUAGCUCAACUGCGAUGACACAAGCCUUAACCUUUGACCCCGGCGUCGAUGGGAACUCUGCUGCUGCUGAUGACAUCAUCGUCCGCCUCACGUUUGACCGGUGGUUCGCUUUCUCUGUGCUCCUCCCAUUGGCCGAGGCGUCACACGUGCAUGGUGCCUUUCUAGGAGAUCUACGACUGACAAGAAGAGAUCUGUGUGUGUGUGUGUGUGUGUGUGUGUGUUCUUUUCCUAUGAGAGGAUUCCUUUUGCAUAGAGCCACUUUAUCUAAACCAACACUUCCUGGUUUGUGAUGUCAUCAGGAAGAACACGGUUCACGGGACCACACGUGCGUACGACAGCGACCUGGAAGCGCUCGUAUGACUGGAGGACGUUAGGUCAUUUACUCCAUCAUUCCUUUUAUUUUGUUUUUGUUCAUUUCUUGCUAUUUUUUGUCGUUUUCCUCUCUGCUUGGUGGGUUUAGGUGUUGCACACGCCUCUCUGUAGGACGGCUUUUCUUUUGUUUAUAGUAAUCCACUGCUAAAUGAUUGCUGCACUAACUCUCGGACAGUAUAGAAAAAAGUAUUUAGGAGUUGAAAAAAUGUUAAAAUGUAAUCAAGAAUUGUAUUUUUCAAAGGUUUGAAGAAAGCAUUCAGAAGAAACACAGGAAUGAUAUAUAUAUAUUUUUAAAAUGCUCUUUAACCUUUCCUUUAUUCGUCUCGGUGGCAGCGUCCGGAAGAGAUUUUUCUUAUUAAAAAAAAAACUUUUUUAUUAUAUGAAAUAUGUGGCAUGAUGCACAAAGUCAUGUGACGUUAUGAAUUACGCCUCUGAACACACCCCGUUAGUACCGAUAAUCAAUUAAACAAUCCAUCACGAUCCAUUCUCCUGUGAUAAAGAUCAACUCGACAGUGACGCUAUCUUUGUGUAAUAUAGUUAACUGCAAUGCUAAUAGCUGUUUUGUUUAAUAGAAUGUCAUGAUGAUAAUAUUAAUAAUCAUGCCUGCUUGAUUUAGGGGUGGACAAAUCAUACGUUUAUUAGCGCUCCCACCGGACAAGUAAAGCUCCCCAGUCCCAAGUUUCGUCUUUUGGUUGCUUGGAAACCUUAUAGACGAGGCUAACGAUUUGUAGUAGCGAGCUAGUUAGCUAGUUAAAAACACAAAGUCAGCAAGCUACAUCACAUGUAACAGAUAUUCAAGUCUGACCAACGUCUGUAAAUUCUCUUACGAUGUCCGUGUAGUUAGCGAGAGAGUUAUAAUGAUUGUUUGGCAUCACGCUUUUCGCAGGAUUCGUUAGUGUUUCCGCAAACUUGCGUGUUUCUCAUUCUGAAAAGAUCGUCCGCUUGCUAAUUGGCGUGAUCAGUAGAAACCGUUUUGCCAUAAACCAGAUCUCUCCUCGGUGGAUGUGUGUAGUGCAGCAGGUGGUGGGAUUCGGAGCGACUAGCUGAUGGUAUAUAGUUACUUUAUAAAUCCACUGAGCAACGACGAAUAAAAAACUAAUAACCCAGACACGUAAUCUUAUCUUCCCAGACUACUGAUUUGUCCACCUCUGGAAAAUUCUGCUAAGAUUCUGGAUGUUUAAGUUGAAUGGGUUUAUUUUACAGCUGUGUGUUUUAUACGGAGCCAUUUAGACAAACAUUCCAUUACGGAAAAAAAUCGAAUUACAGUCUUCAGCCAAGAUCGUUUGUUUCUUUAGCUUAGCGAGGCUGGUGUAGCUAACAGCUAAUCUUAGCGCAAAAUUUACAAAAUAUCUGUAUAUAGCUGCUCACACUCACGACAAAUCAAAUCACUCAUGCAGUUUUGUGUUGUUUCACCACUAAGCCCCGCCCAAAAACGUUAAGAUGGAGUUAUAUACAAUGAAACAGGAUGUUGAACAACAUUGUCUGAAGCGAGUAUAUAAAUAUUUUUAAGUGAGAUAGACUUCCAUCAUUAAAUAAGCGAAAGAACAUCUUGGCUGCAUUUUUUUUUAACUGCAUGUACAAUCGUUUAUUUUAAUCAUAUCCAAAGCUAGCUGCUUGCUUUAACGACGGGCCAAAAACAAACGUUAGUGAUGUUGCACAAUCAGAACGGACCUCUCUGUCGACCCUCGUGCUGUUUGGAUGAGCGUGAAUUGGUGAAAGGUGGUGUUUCGUCUCCGUCACUGUGUCCUCUGUGUCUGGUUUUGCUUGUUGGGUUUGUACAGAUGUACGAAAGGGAAGAUUUUAACUGUUCAGUUCACUUGUUUUUUUCUCGUUUGGGGAAUAAACCCUCACCUGAGCUUGCUCCAUGCCACAAUUCCCAAACUCCAAUAAUCCAUGCAGCACUUUCCCUCGGCUGAUGAACACCAGGACUGACCGACUUCCUGCCACUGUAUGAAGCAUGUUCAGAUGUGGAGAGAAUGUGAGUGUAACGUGGUGUGCGAGUUUUCUCGUCGUGUUUUUGUCCGUUCAUGGGAAAUUCGUCUCUCUUUGUAUUUUUUAAUUUCACCAUAAAGAUGUUUAUUGCACUGUGUUGUAAAACCGGUGGUUAUGACUGUAAAUUCAUAAUAAAAUUUACAAUAAAUUUA